AUGUCGCACCAAACGCCCGAGAGGAGGGAGCUGGACGCCACGUCGCCUGACGCUGCUGUGCGUCCGAUCCAGACGAAGCUUGUGCUGCUGGGCGAGGCUGCUGUCGGAAAGACGUCCGUCGUGCACCGGUUUGUGCAGGAUGACUUCCAGGAGAACCGCGAGCCGACGAUCGGCGCGGCGUUCCUCACGCAGCGCUGCCGCCUCGAGGACCGCCUGGUGAAAUUCGAGAUCUGGGAUACGGCGGGUCAGGAGCGCUUCCACAGCCUUGCGCCUAUGUACUACCGCAAUGCGCAGGCGAGUGCGGUGGUCUACGAUGUGACCAAAGCGUCCUCCUUUGAGAAGGCCAAGCUCUGGGUCAAGGAGCUGCAGCGCCAGGCGAGCCCGCAGAUCGUCAUUGCGCUCGUCGGCAACAAGAUCGACCUGAUUACAGAGGAUGGGGACGAGUCUUCCGAGGCGCCGGUCGAGCGGGAGGUCGAGCGGGCGGAUGCGCAGCAGUACGCCCAAGAGAAUGGCCUCCUCUUUUUCGAGACGAGUGCCAAGACUGGCGAGCAUGUCCUGGAAGUCUUUACCGAGAUUGCGAAACACAUCCCCCUCGAUCAGGUCAAGCCUAGUGCCGCGGCCCCCGGCGGGGCACGCAGCGAGGUGGUCAAUGUCCAACCGGCACAGAGCACGGGCGCACCGAGUUUGGGCGGCUGCUGUUAA